AUGCCUACAACUCUCUUUGCUCGCCCAGUGAGAAUGCCCGUCGCAGAAGCCCAGAAAGGCCGGGGCAGGAAGGCAACAGCUUCCGUAUCCGCCGUUCGUAGGCAGUCCGCUCUCAGCGAGGAGGAGGACGAGGCCGGCCAUGUCCAGCCAAUGGACCAGGACCAGGAUGAAAACAACCGCGAUGAUCCCGAUUUCGACGAGGGCGAAGAAGAGGAGGAGCACAUUGACGAAGAGGAAGAAGACGAGGAGCCGGACAGCAACGAGACCAGCGAUCCGGAGGAGCAAGUGGAGCCGCCAGCCUUCAGUCUGGCCACGCUGGGUCUGCAACGCGUGGGCAGUGCCCCGCCACCCAAGCCCAAAGUGCAGAAGGCCCCGAUCCUGACCCUCAAUGCCCGCGGAAUGCCCGCCCGCAUCCGAAAGAGGAACCGUCUUUUCUACGACGAGAACAUAAUCAACGACGACAAGCCGCUGCGCAUGAGUCUGGCGCCAAAGAAAAUGCCCGGCCGUCCGCCGCUCUCAGCCGGUGGAGGAGGAGGCUCUGCCCAGAAGAGCAACCCGCCCACGCCAUCCAAGGUGCUGAAAAAGCGCAAGGGCGUGGUCUCCCGCUACAUGCGCUCCAGCAAUGAGCAGGGCUCCAGCUCCAACUCGGCCAGCAGCCAGCAGGCGCAACAGCAGCAGGUGGGCAAGCACAAGAAGACGCCAUCGAAGGGUCAGGGCUCGGUCAGCAAGCUAAUCGCCGGAGGAUUGAAGCCUGCCCGAGGUGCCCAUUUGGUGGGCAAGGGUGCUGCUGCAGCGGCGGCGGCAGCAGCGGCCGCCGAAGAGGAGGCCACCCAGGCGGAGGCCACUGCUUUGGCCAACAAGCGGUUGGGCCAGUCCAUUGGCCUGCGACUGCGCAAUCUUCUCAAGCUGCCCAAGGCGCACAAGUGGGCCAUAGCCGAGUGGUUUUACUCGUAUAUCGACAAGCCACUGUUCGACUGCCGCGACGAGUUCAUGAACCAUGUGAAUGAGCUAGCACCCAGGCUGGGCACGCGGAGCCUCAAUCGCCACGAAUGGGUGAACAUCAGGCGGCGGAUGGGCAGACCCCGGCGCUGCUCCGCCAACUUCUUCAGUGAGGAGCGCAAGGAGCUGGACAGGAAGCGCCAGCUGAUGCGCACCCUGCAAUCGCGCAAGCCGGGAGAGUUCAAGGAUUCCAUGCUGCUGUCGGACAUGCCGGAAAAGAUACCAAUGCCACUGCCGCUGGGCACAAAAGUCACUGCCAGAUUGAGAACUCCACAGGAUGGGAUCUUUGCCGGCACAGUGGCCGCCUACGACUCCAUGAACUCCAUGUAUCGCGUGACUUUCGAACGACCCGGCUUGGGCACCCAUGCCAUACCCGACUACGAGAUCGUGUCGGAGAACUUUCACGAGAUGCUGCCGCUGCACAGUUUCACCAAGGACUUCCGGCCUAACUUGAUGAGCAUCUAUCAGACGAACAACCAGGGCUUCACCACCAAUCUGGGCUUUACGGCCAAUCUCACGAGCCACUAUCUGCAGAAGAAGGAGAAGGGAGGCGGAGUGGCGGGUUCGAGGCCACAAAAGCAUCUGGCUAGCAACAAUGCGGCCGCACGGAAUGCACUGAGCAUGAAGCUGAACAAGAGUGAUCCCCUGCUGGGCCAGGAUUCGGUGGGUGAGAGUCCCAUCCGGCAGCAGUUGGCCCGGCAUCACGCCUACCCCAGCACGCUGCUGGAGCACCUGGUCCAUUUGGAGAAGCACAUUGCGGUGAAGGCGGAUCGCAUACAGCGGCUUAACAAGAUGAACGCCACCGCCGAGCUGGCCAUGGGCGAGAUGAUAAGCCAGGACGAGAACGGGGAUCGACAUCGCCGCCAGAUUGCCGACAACUUCCAGCGGCAGUAUGCCUUCAAUAUCGUCUCUAUUGAGCGCAUCAACGGGGAGCUCAUGUUCGAACUGACCAAGGUGCAGGAGAUGUCCACCAGCCUCACACGCAAUCCCAAUGUGCAGGCCAUGAUCUCGCCGACAUAUCUGCGCGAAGAGUGCCGCGCCAAGGCCUCGCAAACGGUGGACGACAUCAACAAGGGGAUGGUGAAGAACCCGCGCAUGAUCCGGCUGAUCAAAAACCUCACCACCCUGCUGAUUGUGACCCAGAAUCUGGGCGGCGAUUGCGAAGUGAGCGAGGUCAACAAGGUGCUCGAGGGCUGCCUGGAGGAGGUGCGCAGCAACCUCUUCUCCGACGACAACAGCGAGGUGUUCCAGAAGAGCGUCCAGGAGCGACUGAAGUACAUAGCCAUGGACAUCAGCCGGAGCCUCGAAGAGCGCAGUGCGAGUCGCAUGGCGGCCGAUGAUGUCAAAUCGCCACUGAAGUCUGAGGAGGAGGACAUGGACGAGGAUCGCGGCGUGCAGGAUCACGAGCAGGAUCAGGAGGGAGCCGCCUCUAAAACGAAAACGAAAGGCAGACCGAAGGAGCUACUUGAGAAGAAAGAACAGACCGUAGAAUCAGCUCCCAAGAAAGGAGGGCAGAAGGAGCACCACAUGGACAUGGAGGCGGAGGCUGAGACGGAUAAACUGGACUCCGACGAGUCGGACCAACACCACCUGGAGACAGAAGAGGAGCACCUGGAGACAGAGGAGCAACACCUGGAGCCGGAGGAGGAGCAGUCGCCCAAUCCGGCUGUCACCGAGGACACCCAAAUCACCAUUGAGUCGAUGAAGGAGUCCGACGAUGAGUUCCAAUCGAUCGCCGAAACCGAGGAGGAGGACGAAAUGGCCGGACUCGAGCCGCUUAAAAUGGAAGGGGAUGAUGGGGACGAGCAGUUCGUCUACCUGAAGUAGAAGUAAUUCCUGAUGGUUGAUCUAUUCGCUUGUCGAAUCCCCACACAUUUUUGCGUUGCAAAAAAUCUGUAACAAAAUCACCAACAAGGCAUUGGGAUUCUCUAACGUUUUUUUUUUAUGUAUAGCACAGACUUUGUAAAAAUGUGUAUUUACAAUUUCAAGGAAU